UUUUUUGCAGAUGAUAAAGCUAACCCCAGGCAUAUGGUACUGGAAAGAUGAUACUAAUACACUUGAAUUUGCAAGCUCCGAUCCAGAAGCUGAGGAACACCUUAAGAAAGGAAAAAAUAUUCACUUUCAGGAAAUGGGAGGCACGGCGUUAAACAGCAUCUUUCAAGACGUAUGCACUGCAAUGUUCACUGGAAGAAGGCUGGCUGAACAAGAGGGAAAAUCUCGUAGGCUGUCAAAGCGAGUACAGCAUGACUAUGUGACGCUGGAUGAUGUCAAAUAUGCUGCUUUGUUUUUGGGGCAAGAAAGUGAGGCACAUCGCAUGCUCUCGUUUACAGCAGUUAUGAGGAAUAAGAAACUAGAUGCGUUCCUCAUGGCUCUGAUUUUCUACUUAUCUUUUUACUUGGAAAAAAUUGCCCUGGAAAAGACAUCCAAAACUCCAGUUUCGACCAUCGUUUUGUUAGAGGAGAAAGAAAUGGACAACGUCCUGGCAAAGUUAGAAGUGGCCAGGAUUCACCUUGCCAAGCUGUACUGUAAUCUUAUCCUUGGAGAAGGCAUGGCAGAGCACUACCACAUGUCUUGUGGAAAGAGAAAAACAUCAUCAUCGCAGAAGGAUCGGGACUUCUUUGAGAGCUUCUACAGCUACUGCUGCUAUGUGGCUUGGCUUGCAUUCAGACGGAAGCACUUCCGAGUGAUUCAGGAAGAAAUCUGCAGGCUUCUUCGCUCUGAUAUAUUUAAUCCUACCUUAAGAGAGAAGAAAGAUGUUGACUUGCAGAAAGCUGGAGACCAAACUGCCGAUGCAAAGAAAGUGAGAUUCCCAUGUCACAGAAAUGGCUGUGCCAAGCGUCCAUCAAUAAAUAUCGUGGCCCAGCAGCGCUCACCAGUGCUCAGCACGCUGCUGCCCUUACCGAAGGACAGUGCUCAGCACCUCUUUCAGAAGCAAUUCUACCAUCGGGGCAAAACCCCUCAGCCUUGCAAGAGUAAAGACUUGCCAGAGUUCUCAGAGUUAUUCACUACCAAGGUGGGCAUUAUUGGAGCGCCUCGUAGUGAGUUAAAUCCCAUUAUGCUCAUGCCCAUCGGGAUGAUGGAGGAGGAAGAGGAAGAACAAGGACGGAAGAGGAGUGGUUCCUCCAUCCCUUCAACUGACCUGAGUAUAUCAACUCUGAGAAGCCCUCAAAGCAGACUUAGUAAUCAGAGUAGUGUCAUCUCAUGA